UAAACACUCAGAUCUUCACAGGUAUGGAGGAACUUCUGUUACCGAACGUUGAGGAGGAGGUGCGCUCUGACAACAGCUCGUACGCGCCUGGAAAUGCAGAGAAGACGAUGGGGGACCAAAUGAAGACUUUCCUCCUGAAGACAGUGAAGGGGGACCUGAGGACGGUGAAGAAUUUCUUUAAGAGGAAUGGGCUGCUCACGCUGUCAGUCAUCUCUGUGAUCACCGGCUGCACGCUAGGCUUUAUGUUGAGAGGAAGUCAGAUGUCUACACAGCAUCAAAUCUACGCAAUAAGACCACCCACAAAAAUAACUGUGUCCAUGGCUUUCUAUCAUUUAAUGUCGGGUCUAUCAUCGAUGGAGUCGAAGGCAUGUUGCCGAAUGGGUGUCCUCACCGUCACAUACUACCUCUGGACCACCUUCAUUGCCGUAGUGGUCGGCAUCUUUCUCGUGAUCAUCAUCAAACCAGGUGUGGGCACAGAGAUGGAGAGCAACCGGCUGGGUGGCGGGCCUGUCAUGACCUCGGCUGAUGCCCUCCUCGACCUCAUCAGAAACAUGGUUCCUUCCAAUCUAAUUGAGGCCACAUUUCAACAGUACAAAACAGACCUGAUUCCCAUCCUCAAAGUCCCAACCAAAACAAUUCAGCCCAACUUUGUCUAUGUGAUCCCUGAUGAUAAUGACCCCAAAGGGCGCAUGGUGUACCUCGAGCUGACUCCUUCUCCAGAUGUCAUAUACAAGACAAGUCCAGGCAGCAGCCAGCAGAUGAAUGUCCUUGGCAUCGUUAUCUUCUCUGCAACUAUGGGUGAGUAUUUUCCAUUUGGGAUUAUCUUUUUGGUGGCGGGGAAGAUCCUGGACAUGCAGGAUCCGAGCACACUGGGGAAGAAGUUGGGCUGGUACGGUGUUACUGUGCUCACCGGGCUCUUUGUUCAUGGACUUGUCCUCCUUCCUCUCUUCUACUUCCUUCUCACCAGGAAGAACCCCUUCAGCUAUAUCCGUGGCCUCCUGCAGGCCUUGGUCAUCGCCCUGGCAACCUCCUCCAGCUCUGCCACACUGCCUAUCACCAUGAAGUGUUUGCUGGAAAACUGUCAUGUGGACCGGCAGAUCGCUCGUUUUGUUCUCCCAGUGGGUGCCACUAUCAACAUGGAUGGCACAGCUCUCUAUGAGGCAGUGGCAGCCAUCUUUAUUGCUCAGGUUAAUGACUACGAGCUGGACUUUGGCCAAUUGGUCACCAUCAGUAUCACAGCUACAGCCGCCAGUAUUGGAGCAGCUGGGAUUCCUCAGGCUGGUCUGGUUACCAUGGUAAUCGUACUCACAUCAGUAGGCCUGCCACCAGAUGACAUCACACUAAUCGUAGCCAUUGAUUGGAUCCUUGACAGGUUUCGUACCAUGAUCAACGUUCUUGGUGACGCCCUUGCAGCAGGAAUCAUUGCGCACCUCUGUCGGAAAGACUUUCCCCUGAGCACAGCAGGAAAGCCUGCGCCGUCCUAUGGGACGCAGACUCCGCACAAAAACUCCAACACGGUCGAUGUGCCAAUGAUGGAGAUGCACACACACAAAGACUGCACGUUCGAUUUGACGGGUGACUCGGUGAGCCAGAUGAAUGCACACACAGUCUACUACAACAUCUGCCAGGUGUGAAUGGAGAGAGUGGAGCAACUCACCUUGCAAAGGUCCAACUGGGUCUGUGAGACCUCAUAGUGCCAUCUGAACAGGAUUGUUAAGAAGAGAUUAAUUCUAUACAGGAACUUCCUUCUUGGUGUCAGCUUGAUUAAGCUAACUUGAGGUGGAGGUGGCCAAAACUGGACUGCUUAUUUCGGAGCUUCUCUUGCUCAUUAAGGGCAAGAAAUGUGUGAGGUAACACAUUUCAGCAGCCUCUAUUGUUCUCAUUUUCAGCACUCCAGCAACCCCUCAACUCAUCUGUUGUCUCAAAAAAGCUCCUGUCUCUUUCAGGCCUGGGCAUAAGCCCACGUUCAUCUGAUUAGGCACUUUCUGGAAGCCUGCAGAGGGGCAGCACCCAGUGCUCAUGAGCAGCACAGAGCAGUCUGGCACUUUUUGUUCACUGGGAUUACUUUUACAUUUAAUAACAUCAGAGACUGCAGCAGUGAAUGCAGGACAGAAAACAAGAAAAAGCAGAUAGGGUCCUUUUAAAAGAAGCCCUCCAGCUACAGGAAUUGCAGGCUUUAUUGCAUCGGCUUAUUUUGGUCCACUGUGGCUGAAAUAAAUGGGUUUGUGUUGCUGUGCUGAUCAUAGCCACCAUGUGGUUAGAAUGACUGGGUGUCACAUGUCACGAAUUAAAGCCACCUAAAUGUCAAACUAUUGUUUUUAUUAUUAUUGUUUGUAACUGCAGGUAAAAUGAGUUUUCCUUUCAGGAGAAGUUCAUUUUAUUCCGGUUUCAUAUAAGAAAUCCAGUUCCUGAUGUUGCCAGUGGAAACAUGGAGCUGUUUCCACUGGCAAGACACUGGACUGUGAUCUGAUUGGCUGAUGCUCGGUGCACACACUGGGUGAAGGGUUAAAGUGUAAUGAACAAAUUUAAGUGCUCUUCCUCUUGUAGAGUCAACCUUCUUCUGAUUCCUUUGCAUACAGUAGCAUGCUGGCAUGCGUUCUCACUGACUUCAUGCAAAGUCGAGGUGCAUUAUUUUCUUCUUUUUGUUUUUUUGUUUUUUCACUUGAAUAUUGCAAAGGUAAACAAAGUGCUGUGUGGAUUUGUGGAAUUUUGUCGAUGACAGUUGCAGCUAAUGUGAACAGAUUUUAAUUUAAUUCUGGGUCUACUAAACAUUCAGAAUUGGUUACUUUCAGUGAUUUAUCAGAAGCCUCUGGAGCCACAAAACCAACUUUCUGUUAAGGCCAGGAGAUCUGAAAAGCACACCACAAAUAAGUGCUCUCAAUUUACUAAUUCGCUUGUAAGGAUUACUGAAAGGAGCUCUGCAUAAUCUAUAGCAAAAUCAGCAUUAUGGGGCUCAAGUUUGUGCAUAGCUGAUGCUCACACUCCAUCCUCAGUGACAAAACAGUUGACAAGGCUUUUCUGAACCACUAAGAUGUACUGUAUGUGCUAUAUGUCUUCUAUGUAAUACAACAACUCAUGUCAUCUGAGUUGGCGUGAUGAAGAUACCAAUACUGGCUACGUGCUGAGUGACGUCAUGCUUAUGUAGCUCAAGAUGCAACCAACAGUUGCAAGGGAAAAAUUUGGAUGUCGGCUACAAAUUGAAAGGUUGGUAGUUGGAUCUCCAUCUGCUCCAGUCAAUAUGUCAAAUAUCCUU